GACUACGAACUUAAGGGGUUCACCUCGUUCCAUUCCUCCCCGACAGCUACCCACAACUAUGCCCUCAAAUUCAAGAACGGACAUCUCAGCGUGUGGCUAGAGGAUGUUGCAACGAAAUGGCAAUGGCGAAGCAAUCUUUUGAAAAAAGAAGACUUCGUGACACCGGAAAAUUCUAUCCCGAACGCGUCAAUUGAUGAUUAUAUC